AAAACGUCUAAUUCCCAACCCCAAAACUCCAUUUCCAGAACCGGUUUUUGACAGCUCUUUGAGACUUUUGCCUAUUCACACCCCCGCCGAAAACUCUUUGUCAUUUCGAUAACUUCAAUUUCAAUGGCGGCGAGGAAUGCAUUGUUGAAGUACAUGAGAGUGGAAGCUCGUCUUCCACAACUCCAAAACCCUAGACUCAUCGGAGGCUCAUUCACUCAGCUGUUCAAACGUCACUUCUCGGAGGAGGUUAGGGGCUCAUUUCUCGACAAAUCUGAAGUCGCCGAUCGUGUCAUUAACUGUGUCAAGAACUUCCCCAAACUCGACCCUUCCAAGUUACUCAGAGCUUGUAGAUCGAAAACAAGAAGUGUUGGUACAUAUUCCUCUAAGAGAACAGUUACUCCAAAUGCUCACUUCCAGAAUGACCUUGGCUUAGAUAGUUUAGACACUGUGGAAAUAGUGAUGGCCCUUGAAGAAGAGUUUGCAUUCGAGAUUCCUGACAAUGAAGCUGACAAGAUCAGCUCCAUUAAUCUGGCUGUUGAUUUCAUUGCAUCUCACCCCCAGGCUAAAUAAUGGCCUUGAGGUUGCCCAUAUCUGUUCUCUCUAUUCAAGUAGGACCUAGCUAGCUCUUCCUUUUUAGACAGUGUUGGCCUGUGGUUAAAAGUGUGACUUCUGGUCAACUCUUUUUAAGUUUUGGAUAGUUCAUAAUGAUGACAAUUAUUGUCAUAGACUAAACGGGCUUAAUUGCGUCAUUGGCAAUGAUGUCUAUAUGGAUAAGAAUUUCAUCAUUUGAAAUAAACAAGCAGCAGGAUACCGUUUACUAGAAUUAGACAUCUAUAAAGUCAUCUGUGUGUUUCACUUGUGGUGUAGUUAGAGAUGUGGCAGUAGUCUACACAUUGCUCAAUGGUGAAAUUAAUUGCUGUAUUUUUUAAGUGAAAGGCAUCUACUUAUUAGUGUAGAACAGGUCUAAAGGACCAAUUAUUCCCUA